CACAAAGCAGCAAAGCUACAGCUUGGUCUCCAUCCAGCUAACCACUGAAAUAUGUCACCCAAGAAAGCAAAGAAGAAGGCACUUGAGGCCAGUUCCAAUGUGUUCACAAUGUUUGAGCAGUCCCAGAUCCAGGAGUUCAAAGAAGCUUUCACCAUCAUGGAUCAAAACAGAGACGGCUUCAUCGACAAGGACGACCUGAGAGGCACAUUCGCAGCGAUAGGCCGUAUAAAUGUCAAGCAAGAAGAGAUUGAUGAGAUGCUGAAGGAGGCACCAGGCCCAAUCAAUUUCACAGUUUUUCUUGCCAUGUUUGGAGAGAAAUUAAAAGGCUCUGACCCAGAGGAGACCAUCCUUAAUGCUUUUAAAGUCUUUGAUCCUGAAGGAAAUGGAGUAUUACAGAAAGACAGUGUGACAGAGAUGCUGACAACCCAAGCAGACAGGUUCACUGCCGAGGAGGUCGAGCAGAUGUUCACAGCAUUCCCGCCUGAUGUAGCAGGAAACCUGGAUUACAAGAACCUGGUCUACGUCAUCACACACGGAGAAGAGAAAGAAGAGGAUAAAGACUAAAUUGAUUUUUGUUUGUGCUGACAUGUACACGAUCACACAGACACAGAGAGCUCC